AGAAAAAUAAUAUACUAGUGGAGUUGGGUUGGGAUAGAGGAGUAGAAUAUGAGCAGUGAAUGUGAAAAAAGUAGCGAUCAUGUCUCUGAUUCGGAGUCCGAUUCCGAGCAUGGUCUCUGCGAAGCUCAAUUUUCUAGAGACGAAGAAGAUGUUGCCAUUGGAGCCCCCAUCAUCAGCAUCAGCAUCAGCAGCUGUAAAGGGGCGUUUUGUACAGGCUUUGCGUUGCACACCUCUCCAGCAAUUCCAACAAAAGGUUGAAUCCGGAAUUAUGUGUGAACCUUGCGAUGGAACAGGGUGGUUGCUUUGUGAUUUUUGUGAAGGGCAGAAGACCAAUGUGAAAGCUGCUAACAAUCGAAUCUAUCGUCGGUGUCCAUCUUGUAGAGCUAUUGGAUACAUCCUGUGUUCGAAGUGCAAAGUUUUCAAAUGUGUUACCUUUCCUAAUUAUAGUGACGGUGAGGAUGUAACCUUUUAAGUCUACUGUUCGAUGCGACUGGCAUUCAACUAUUCUCCUGUUGGAUGCAGCAGGUUAGUUUUUUUAUCCAGGUGUAUUUUGAAACCAAAGAAGAUGUUCUUUGAGAGGCACUUGCAUAUUUUGAGAGAUAGAUGCUUAGCUUAUGUGUCAUAUGACCUAUAUUAAUUCUUUGUUAUUCUAAUUGGAGCAAUAUGCAAUUGGAAAAAGUAAAGAAUGGCUUCUGUUCUUGAUUGCUGAAUUUAUUAUCUUGUACCUAACAAGGACUACUAGUGUAGGAAAAAACUUCAGACCUAUAAUUCAAGCUUAGCACUCUGAUUUUCAGCUUUGAA